UGCAGAUAUGUGACAUGGUUGCUGUUGCUAAGAUUAUAAAGGCCACAUUAGUCCUUCCGUCUCUCGAUCACACUUCCUACUGGGCUGAUGAGAGUGGCUUCAAAGAUCUGUUUGACUGGAAACAUUUCAUUGAAACUUUAAAAGAGGAUAUCCACAUAGUUGAGGCAUUGCCACCUGCAUAUGCUGGAGUUGAACCUUUUGCCAAGACUCCGAUUUUUGAACCUUUUGCCAAGACUCCGAUUUUUUGGUCAAAGGUUAGCUAUUAUAAAAUGGAGAUUGUGCCACUUUUGAAACAUCACAAAGUUGCGUAUUUCACUCAUACCGAUUCUAGAAUCGCCAACAACGGUAUCCCAAAUUCUAUUCAGAAAUUAUGGCGCCGUGUUAAUUACCAAGCGUUGAAGUACUCUGCACCAAUUGAGGAAUUAGGGAAGACUUUGGUUGCAAGAAUGCGACAAAAUGGAGCAAAAUGGAGGCCCGUAUCUUGCUUUGCACUUAAGGUAUUUUGGGGUUUUUUGAACGAAUUGAAGAAGACGAUGAUGAUGAACUCAUGUUUUCGUGAUUGGGAUCGAUUGAAAAGGCUUAAUUUUGGAGAUUGGGGGUUCGUUUAUGAAUUAGGGUUCAUGCUUGGUGAACUCUGAUCGAACAUGUGGUCAAUUCCCCUUUUUAUAAUCAGUCAACUAAACAAUUAAAUGAUUUAAUAUAA